AUGAAGCAAGUGAUCGUUCUCUUUUGCCUAGGAUAUCUGUUCGGCUGCGCUCUCGCGCAGAACAAACCAUCUGGAAGAGUUGUUAGCGGAACUGCCGUGUCUGCUGACGUAUAUUCGUUUCUCCUACAGAUGCACUAUUUGGGCGAGUUUUUCUGUGGUGCUAGCAUUAUAUCAUACAAGCAUGCCUUAACUGCCGCCCAUUGUUUAUUUCACACCCGGCCGCAUCCUUUUUUUAUGAAGCUGAUCGGCGGAAGCUCUGAGCUGAACAGUGGUAUCCAGUUUUCUGUAGAAGGAUACGUUAUUCAUCCAGAAUACGUAAGCGCGGAAGACCAAAGUCCGAAUAAUGAUGCGGCUAUUGUCACCAUCAAUGGUUCGUUCGGUGAUUACCCGGUCUUUUCGGCCAUAUCUUUGCCAACGAAGGAUCUAACCUACGCACCAGACAAUGCGAGUUGGUGCUUUAUGGCUGGCUGGGGAAAGACUAACGUGAACUCGCCGGGAGCUUCUAAUACGCUCCAGCUCGUGUGGACUCAAGUUAUAUCGCAGUACGUUUGUCAAAAGAAAUGGACUCGUGAUGUAGCUAUCACACCACAAAUGGUGUGUGUCAACCUUCCGAACACAGCCGCAUGUAGAGGCGACAGUGGUGGCCCGCUCGUGUGUAACGCGGAGUUGGUUGGCAUCAACUCAUUCGGAGAUCGGUACUGCACUGGAUCGCCGCCAUCGGUAUUUGCAAAGGUAUCAUCAACAAGCAUUCGCUCGUUCAUCAAACAACACACUGGUCUUUGA